AGGAGAAUAUUCCUAAAAUGAGGUUGGUCAAUCUUUUACAUGAAUAAUGAAUCUGAUGUCUGACGUUAAUCACAACGAUUAAAGUAAUAUUAAAAGUUGUUUAACAGCAAUUAAUAAGCCUAAAUCACACCGAACGUGACGUAUUUCCUCUAUAUAAUUUUCAAAUGCAGGUACCUUCUGCAUCCAAAGAUGUACAUUGUCUUCUUCGUCAACGAAUAUUAGCUGGCACUUGGGACCGCAGAAUCACGCUCGGCAUGUGUCCAACAACUGCGUGGGCCGAAAGCAACCCCCGCGAAAUGCCACGUGUGUUCUUCUUGUGCGCCAAGUCAGAUAAAAGCUGUACAAUCAGGUACAGCGCGGACCACUCACGUUACCCUGCACCCCCCCUCCGACCUUUUCGGGAAGUUUCCCAUUGCUUCAUUUUCAUUUGCUCUGAAUCACCAGCAACAAAUCGAGACCAUCUCACCUAAUUUCUCUCUGUUUUUUUUUACCUUUUUCAAAGUAAAGUCAAAGUGAUUUUCAGCUGAAGGUUUAAGAGAUGCGGAAGAUGACGGUGUUCCAGAGAUUUUCUAGAACUUUCCGAGACAAUCCUUCGCUCGGUAAAAUGUUGAUCGUUUUCACCGUCAGUGGUGGAGGCCUUGUGGCGUAUUCUGAGGCUAAAGCAGAUGGUGGAAUUCAUGCUGUCAAUCCAAGCGAGGUUGAUGUCAAGAAGAAAAGAGUGGUGGUACUUGGAACUGGUUGGGCCGGAACGAGUUUCUUGAAAAACCUUAGCAAUUCAUCCUAUGAUGUCCAGGUGAUAUCACCACGUAACUUUUUUGCAUUCACCCCGUUACUGCCGAGUGUGACAUGUGGCACUGUGGAACCUCGAAGCAUAGUAGAACCUAUCCGCAACAUUGUCAGAAAGAAAAAUGUAGAUGUUCAUUACUGGGAGGCAGAGUGCUUUAAUAUUGAUGCAGCAAAUAAGAAAGUUUACUGUCGAUCACAUCUAGGUGGCGAUGUGAACUCAAAGGAGGAAAUCAUUGUGGACUAUGAUUACCUCGUGAUUUCCGUUGGAGCCCGUUCAAAUACAUUUAACAUCCCUGGUGUGGCGGAAAAUUGCCAUUUUCUGAAGGAAAUAGAAGAUGCUCAGAAGAUCCGUAGGACCAUUGUUGAUUGUUUUGAGAGGGCGAGUUUGCCCAACCUAAGUGAUGAAGAAAGAAAGAAAAUUCUUCAUUUUGUCGUAGUUGGUGGAGGUCCAACUGGUGUGGAGUUUGCAGCAGAACUUCAUGAUUACGUGACAGAAGACCUGGUCAAGUUAUAUCCCAAGGCUAAAGAGGCGGUUAAAAUAACACUUCUUGAAGCUACCGAUCAUAUUUUGAAUAUGUUUGACAAGAGAAUUACGGCUUUUGCUGAGGAGAAAUUUCAGAGAGAUGGAAUCAACCUUAAAACUGGGGCUAUGGUUGUCAACAUAUCAGACAAAGAAAUCACCACCAAAGAGGUCAAGAAUGGUGGGGCAGUGUCUACUAUGCCGUAUGGCAUGGUUGUCUGGUCAACCGGCAUUGGAACUCGCCCUGUGAUAAUGGAUUUUAUGAAGCAUAUUGGUCAGGGUAAUAGACGUGUCCUAGCAACUGAUGAGUGGCUUCGAGUCGAAGGAUGUGACAGCAUAUACGCACUUGGAGAUUGUGCCACAAUCAAUCAGCGCAAAGUCAUGGAAGAUAUUUGGGCUAUAUUUCGUAAAGCGGAUAAAGACAACUCAGGAACACUUACUGUCAAGGAAUUCCAAGAAGUGCUCUCUGAUAUCUGUGAAAGAUAUCCCCAAGUAGGACUCUAUUUGAAAAGUAGACAGAUGAAAAGUCUCGUUGAUCUGUUGAAAGAUUCGAGCGGGGACGCUGUAAAGGAAUCAAUUGAAGUGAAUCUCGAAGAAUUCAAGUUAGCCCUUUCCCAGGUCGAUUCUCAAAUGAAGAAUCUUCCAGCAACAGCUCAGGUUGCAGCACAACAAGGUUCCUAUCUUGCUGACUGUUUCAACCGCAUGGAGAAGUGUGAGAACAAUCCAGAAGGUCCUCUUCGCUUCAGGGGUGAAGGACGCCAUCGGUUCCGCCCUUUCCGGUACAAGCAUUUGGGACAAUUUGCUCCGUUGGGAGGGGAGCAGACAGCUGCACAGCUUCCUGGAGACUGGGUUUCAAUUGGCCGCAGCUCUCAAUGGCUUUGGUAUUCCGUUUAUGCGAGCAAGCUAGUGAGCUGGCGUACGAGAGCAUUGGUUAUAUCAGACUGGGGGAGGCGUUUCAUUUUUGGAAGGGACUCGAGCGGCAUUUAAGGAGGUCAAAUGUUUUAUAUAUUUUCUGAAUAAACAGGGGACUACGCCUAGUGUUUCUACUAGGCUACGACAUACAUAUUUGUCUUCGUAUACUUCGUUUUGUUUUCCCUUCAUAUUUCUGAAGAUGGUGGGUGAAUUUUGCCGAUAAAAUGUUUAACAAUAUCAUAGGAAUCUUCGAACAAUAAAUUUUUGCAGCUAGAUGUGUGAGAUUCGGAUAUAAUGUGGCAGAAUAAUGAUUUGCUUUUGCUUGUCUUGCCGAUAUCGAGAGAGAGACAAUGUUUAUUAUCCGGGAAUUUUGUCGUCUUUUCUGAAUGAUAAUGACAUAAAAUAAUUUUGAUUGAUAUAAUAGAUUCUUGACUGUUUAUACUUUAU